AUGUCAAUACUAGAGGAGAUUAGUAAGCUUACGAAACCUGUGUUCGAUUUACCAGACUUGGAAGACGAAGAUGUUGAUGGCACUGCGUCGAAAGCUCUUAAGUCUACACUAGUUGAAAGCGAUGAUGGCCCUCCGAGGCGAGUUCGGAAAGCUAUAGAUCUCAGCAUCGAUGAUGGCUGUAAGUACGGCGGCACCAAGGUGUCCCGCAAUGAUAUUUUCGAUGAAUUUUCCGAGAUGGCAGGGCUUGGAGACCGAUCAAAAGAAGAUAAUGACGAAGUGAGCAGCAGUAAUGAAGAGGAUGAGGAGGGUCUUCCAAUGUUGAAUGGUAAGCCUGGACCAAAAUUACUUUGCAGGAUGACCUUGGAAGAAGAGCAUGCGGAAAGUGGAAACGAUUCGGAGUCUGAAGUCGACAACGAAGGUGACGUUGCCGACAAGCAGUCUUCAGCAGUAACCAUGAAAGAUCUGAUGAAGACAGUUGACCAAGACAGGCAUACUAAAAAGCCACCUUUCAACACUCUGCCUUCUAGUUAG